UCUUCCCCAAAAUAUAGUCAACUUUAGUAUGCAAGCUAGGACUGUAAAAAGUCAACUUAAAAGGUUACACGUAGUAAGAAACGAGUAAGAAAUGUAUAAUUUUUCGGUUUUUACUAAUCAACGUGUAAUAUUUUAUACUUGUAGUAUAACUUAUUUGUAGCUAGCGUAUAAAAAGGGCGAUCCCAAGCAAGUAUGUGAUUAAUUAACCUUUUAAUUAAGCAAGUUUCUUCCCUUUAAUCUUAAUUAGCAAUCGUCAUCCAUUAUUCCCUCCACACUUUCAGCUGCUAAUAAAAAGUUCAGAAAUGAUGGAUUAUUCAGAUCUUGACCAGAAUUUGAUUAUCUCGACCAACGACGAAGACGUCGAAAACCCUACUGAUAGGAGUCCAUUACAUGCUAAAAAUAAAAACAAUCCUCCCAAAAAACACAUGGAUUCUUCAAAUAGUACGUCAAUGAUGUCUUCCAUUUUUAGAACUAUACCUUUAUUGAUCAAGCACACCGCCCCUCCGUCUAGGUCGAGGUGCGGUGUGGAUUACGAUUACUCGACUAUCGAGUCGGAUUCUCAUCGGCAAACGGGAGAAGAUGGUGAUAAGAAAUCUUCGAAAGUUGUGGAGUUUGAUGAUGAGAAAGAAAGAGAAAGGUUAACUGAUAUAAUGCAAGCUGGUCUUAAGCACUUGUUGUCUAAUGUUCAUGAUAGACAAACCUUGUUCGGACUAGGUCUCAAGGUUAUACUGGAGAUGGAUCAUGAACAAAUUCAAGAGGAUUUUGAAGAUUCGUCGGAGAAAACUUCUGAUGAACCAACUUUUAAAUUAAAAGCUGAAGAUGCGGUUGGAUUACUUUUGGACUACGCAGGGUUUUGGCAACACAGUUGCUCAAUUGUAUUAACUGAUUUAACCACCAGGCACAACGGCAAAAUCCCUUAUAUUUCUUGUGGCAGAAAAACAGAAGAGAACAAUCAAUCAAGCACUGGCUAUGCAGAGGUGGUGUUGUUUGUGCUAAUUGAUGGUGCUUAUGGUGAGAUUGAUGAGCAAAGCAUAUCGGACAGUGAGCAAUUGAAGAAGUUUUUGAUUGAUCAAAGCGAAAAUAAGAUGCUAGGGUUUUGGAAGAAGGUGCAUGCUAUUUGUUCAAGUGUUACAAUUUAAGAGGAGAAUGUCAUAUUUAUCACCAUCAACCCAAUAAUCAUGUUAUGAUUGAAAUGCAAAUGAGUUUGUAAUGACAUGUUGAAAUGAAUCGAAUGAUCCAUAUGGGUGGUGGAUUUUGGCCUUCUUUGACAAUUGGUGGAUAACAGAUUAACAAUACUUGAUAAUCGAUUACAUUUGAUAUUUCUCACUAA